CCGCCACUACUACAACCAGUCACAUCAUCUACUCCUCAGCAUCAACAACCACUGACGCAGCAGGCAUUUCCUAAUUUUGGCCUUAUCCAUUGUACUCCUCAAGCCGAGGGCAAAGCUAGACAGACGAAGACUCAGCCUGGCUUUCUAGUACUCCGCUACUCUGGUCAGGAUCAGCCUACUCUUGAUGAUGGUCAGUUCCAUUUAGUGCUGCCCCGACCGUCUGGCCUGCUAAAAGCAACCUCCCCCAAGCCUGUGAUAUCCACUUACCCACCUCAGACCCUUUUAACAGGGCCAGUUGAGCCCAAACCAUUGACUGUCGACUUUCAAAGUACCAGUUAUAUACAGAACAAUGAAACUUCUUCAGAGCAGCCAAUGGUUAUUGAGUCACCUCUUCUUUGGCGACGACAUUCACUUGAAAAAAAGAAUCUUUUUACUGGCAGCCUGUCAGAUCAAGUAGCCAAUGAGUAUCGAGGACCUGGACAACUCUCUAGAAAAAGUGAAUUUUAUCAUUGUGUUGGAUAUGAGGAAAUCUUUGCACUAUAA